CCUUGAUUCACCUUUACCGUUAGGCCACUCAUGGGUGGGCUCGUUGUUUCCUUAUCUUGGCCAUGAACAAGACUUAUUGUUACAUCUCAAGUUGCUGGUGAAUGAAAGUUUGGUCAGCUUUUAAGUCCUGGGUCCCCUCAGCUUAAUAAUUGUGAGAAAAAAAAGUUGCGUGAGCCCAUAAAGAAAUCUGUAGCUUACCCUCUUUUUUUACGGGCACAGAUUUUACAGGUGAAUGAGAUAUAAUUAAAAGAAAGUAUAUGGUACCACGGUGGUAUUUUUAAUCUGGUAUGUACUACAAAAUAAUGCAUGCGUGUCAAAUGGUUAUUAUAUUUAAUAACUACCCAUUAGAAUUAAUUUAAAAAUUUAGGAAAUAGAAAAAAUUCACAAAUGGCAUAAAUUUACAAGAGGGUGGUAAUACCUUUAUUGUAUUUUAGAUUUUUUCCUAUAAUUAGUGGUAUCAAAAUUUUUACAGUACAUAAAAUGUAAUAUGGGCAAGCGUUUCUCCUUAAAUCACUAUCAAGAGAGAUGGGACCACUUUCAAGGUUGGCUUUUAUUUAUAUCACUCUUGUGCACUUGUUCAUGUCGCCAAUCCCACACUAAAACCACUCAACAUCCUGAUAUCAUGGGGAUAAUUUUUUCUCUUUGCAUAUUCUUAGCUUUCUUAGUUUCUUUUGGGACACUUUCCUUUGUUAAUGCGGAAGUGACCGACAUUUCCACAGAUAAACAAGCUCUUCUUGCCUUGAAAUCUUGUAUAAGCCAUGAUCCUAGCAACUUAUUGGCCAACAAUUGGUCCAUAAGUAGCUUUUUCUGUGAUUGGAUUGGUGUCACUUGUGGCGGUGCCCGUCACCAAAGAGUGACAGCUUUAGAUAUUUCUAACUUGGGUCUUAUAGGCACCCUCCCUCCUCAAAUAGGAAAUCUAUCUUUCCUUGUAACUCUAUCCAUCAGAAACAACAGCUUUCAUGGCUCUCUGCCUGACGAGUUGACUCAGCUACGUUCAUUGAAAUACUUAAAUUUAGGCUAUAAUAGAUUUUCUGGUGGACUGCCUGAAAGCAUUUUUGAUAAUCUUCCCAACUUGGAAUUCUUUUCUUUGCAUUCUAACAUGUUCAAGGGAAAAAUACCAUCAACUUUAUCAAAAUGCAAACACUUGCAACAGUUAGGCUUGUCAUCCAAUAAUUUCAUAGGACCCAUUCCGAAAGAAAUCGGAAACUUGACUCAGCUUAAGCGGAUAGAUCUUGGAAGCAAUAAACUCCAAGGUGAGAUACCAUAUGAAAUUGGCAAUCUUCAUAAUCUGGAGGGUUUGGAACUUGCAUCUAACCACCUAAUUGGUCCUGUCCCUGCUGCUAUAUUCAACAUCUCAACAAUCAGUAUACUUUCACUCUUUGACAAUCAACUCUCAGGGAGUCUUCCAUCAACUGCUGAGCUUCCAAAUCUUGAGUUGCUUUAUUUGUCGAAAAAUAAUUUCAGUGGACCAUUUCCCGGUUUCAUCACCAAUGCUUCCAAGCUCCGUUAUUUGGAAUUAGGAACCAACUCAUUCUCGGGCAUCAUUCCAAGUACAAUUGGUAAUUUAAAAAAUCUUGAGAAAUUUACUGUAGAUAGUAACUACUUCACAUCUUCUACUCCAGAUAUGAACUUUCUUUCAUCUUUGGCAAAUUGCAAGAAUUUAAGAGUUCUAUGGUUGGAUAGAAAUCCAUUUAAUGGCAUCCUUCCAAAUUCCAUAGGGAACCUUUCUAUUUCUUUGGAAUUGUUAUCCAUAAGUUAUUGCAACAUUAGUGGCAACAUUCCCGAAGAAAUUGGAAAGUUAAAAAAGUUGAUGACACUAGUAAUUGUUGGAAAUGAAUUGACUGGAUCUAUCCCAUUUUCACUCGGGGGACUACAGAAACUCCAAGGUUUAUAUCUUCAAAAUAAUAAACUAGAAGGAUUUAUCCCAAAUAAUCUUUGUCAUUUGAAUAAUUUGGUUGAGUUGUACUUGGAUGGUAACAAGAUUUCUGGAUCCAUACCUGCAUGCUUAGGUAAUCUUACUACACUAAGAACACUGUCAUUAGGUUUCAACAUGUUAACUUCUUUCAUACCCUCAACUUUGUGGAACCUUAAGGAUAUCUUGUACUUUAAUUUGUCAUCAAAUUCCCUGAAUGGAUCUCUUCCACUAGAGAUUGGAAAUCUGAAGGUUGCGAUAAAUAUAGAUCUGUCAAGGAAUCUUUUUUCUGGAAAUAUUCCUGUUGUUAUCGGAAGCCUAGAAAAUCUACAAUCUCUCUCUUUAGGAUACAAUAGAUUAGAAGGCUUAAUUCCUGAAACGUUUGAUCCCUUGACAAGCUGAGAAGCCUUGGAUUUGUCUAGUAACAAACUCUCAGGAGUUAUUCCAAAGUCUUUAGAGAAUCUCUCGUACCUCAAAUAUCUAAACUUGUCUUUCAACCAAUUAAGAGGUGAAAUUCCUACAAGAGGAUGUUUUGCAAAUCUUUCGGGUGACUCAUUUAUGGGGAAUCUUGCAUUAUGUGGUUUUAAUCCUUAACUAAAAGUUCCACCAUGCUAAAGUAUCACUCAUCGUAAAUCAAAAGUUCUCUUAUUGAUUGUCUUGUCACUAAGCAUCGCGGUCACUUUAGCUGUGCUCGUUCUUUUAUUUGUGUUGCUGAAAUGCCGCAAAAAAGACACAAAGCUACUUAGUAUUCU